AUGCUACUCACAUUGAAGCCGUCUUCUCAGAACGGGAUCAAAGGCCCUCAUGACUACGCUAUUGUUCGUCAGUCUAUCCCAACACCUCGGUCCUCUCCGCCCUCCGCACCGGAUCCAGCUGCGGCCAUUGUAGCAUCCAAAAGACCCUCCGUGGACCACUCUAUGGAAUCGUCUCGUGGUGGCUUGCCACCUCCUUCGACUCUGGCCUUGCCGCCGCCGGAUAUCGGCUUCUCCUCCAUGAAUUCCGUGAAUCAACCACUGCCGCGCCCUCCGGCGCAACGGCAGAGCACCGACGACACCAGUCAGUACUGGCAUGCGAAGGCUGAGGAAGACCGGAGAAGGCAAGAGGAAGAACGAACCCGCCAGGAAUCGCUACGUUUAGAGCAGCGGAAGAUCGAACAGAGUAUGCUUCGAGAUUCCUUGCAAGCCGGCGUACCGCCUCAUAUGAUUCCGCUCAUCUUUGCGGGUAUCAGCCAGAAUGGCGUCCCGCAAGCAGUCAUCGAAUGGGCUCAGCAACAUAUGACACAGGCGCCGGCCGGUCCCCGUGCGCCACCACCGUCGGCACCGGCUCUAUCUCAUUCGUCUCAUCGGCGCAGUCUGCAUGCCCGCGGGGAGUCUCGCUCUAUUCCUCCUGGUCCGUAUGCGGCUCCACCACCGCAACAGGUCGUACCUCCCCCGGGGAUCCUUUUAUCACAACCUCUUCCCCCUUCGGGGCCACCACCCGCUCCGCAGCCACUCGGACGGUCUCCAUUACCCAAUGGGCCAGCGGAUCCCCGGGGUCCGCCCAUGCCUCGACCCAAUCCUGGUGAGCCGCUGGCCCAACAGCAACCUACGAUUAACUUGAGCAACGUUCAUUAUGCUCCAGGGUCAUCUAUCCCGCAUGCUCAGCAUGUCGGGAGCAAGCCGGACGGCCACCACCGACAAUCUCCGUCCCUGUAUUUUCAUCACUGGGUCCCUCCAAGUCAGUCCCAGCCGAAUACGCCUUCCGGCAGAAUCCGACAAGAAUCGCCCUUCGCAUCGCAGGCUUCUCGUCGUCCAGAGUAUCAAAGCCCCCCGGGACGGAAGAGAAAAGCUACUGGUCCUCACCAGCCGGCUCCUUUCCCGUCAUCACGCCCGUCUGAAACAAUUCCCGGUGCUUCUCAAGUCUCUCGACCAGGCUCCCCAUUGGGCCCAGUCCCGCAUGUCGAACCUUCAGUUCAUAGCCGUCAGCACAGCGGCGUAUCUGUCAUGUAUGAGCCCCGUGGCCUAGGGCCGUCAGGUUUUGAACGCGGCAGCAGAGCUGCGAGCCCAGCUCAUCAUACGCAGCGUGUGAUUGGGCCCACAGAGACCCGGGCUUAA